AUGAUUUAAGUUAUAUUGUUUGAUAGUUAAUUGAAAUAUUAAGACGAUGACUAUGUAAAAUAGAAUAUUUUCAAAUCAAAUAUGAAACAUACUUACACUCCUAAAAAUAUUGAUAACAAUUAUUAUGUUAAUAACUUAAGACAUUCUAAUUAGGAAUCUGUGAAUUUAAUACACCAUCCCACUUCAAAACAGCUAUCCAUAGUCGUCACCUAAGCAAUUAUAUAUCUCCUAAUGGUUCUCAAGAUCCCUUUAUAGGUUAAGACACUAUCAAAGAAAAUAAGCAUAGAUCAUAGCUCAUUCAUGAAAAUAUUAAAAAGAGAUCGUAUCGCUCUUUUAAAGAUGUAAUAAACCAUCCUAAUGCUCUUGAAAUUAGAAAUAUGA